AUGGCGGAAAGCCUACUGGACCGAGCCAAACGACACCUGGGCUUCAAGCCCACAUACCCAAGCUCGCUAUUGCCGAAAAGUUACCUCUCAGAGCUCGAAAAACACAUCGCCCAAUACCCAUUCGACGAUAACUUCACAUUGGUGAAGCAAGCUAAGAAAGGAUACGGUGUCCUGACCUGUCUUGAAGAGGGAUGCAACGUGGAGAUCCCCUUGACCCCACUCACUAAUUCCAGAGACGGGGGGAAAGGCGUCGGUUUGGGAUCUUUCGUCGCUUUCCAGACACACAUCAACACGCAUCCCACCCACAAACGGAACUGCCUUCGCCGUGUGGCGAAAGAAACCGGUCAGAAGACCCAUUCUGGCGCCAAUGCUCAUGUGGUCCCAGCACGUGGAUCAGGCAUGGCGACGGGGAUAAAGCCGGAAGGACAAACCCAGAUCGAUUCUCGGAGAGUCUCUGAGCGCCCUGUGCCCACAGGCCCCAUCGCCACUCCCCUUGCCCGGAAACGACAUUCCGAUACUGCCUUCGAUAUCGACUCUACCCUCGAAGGCGAUUCUUCAGUAAUUCAAGUCACCAAGAAACUUAAGCAAGAGGCCUCCGUCGCCAUGAUUCCAAAGUCCCCCCUUGCUGUGAAGACUAACCUUGCCGUCGAAACCAAGCCAAUGCUCGAUGCGGAUGAGAUUCGUGAACAGCUUGAAGACGUGAUUAAGCGGCACUCAGACCUCGAAGUCAUCUACGACCGAGCUGUGAGGAAGAAGCGCAAAACCAAGGCCGACCAAACUCGAUUGAACAGGCUGAAGCUUGACCUGGACGCUCUCCGUCGCCAGAAGGAUAACCUCAAGUCUUUCCAUCCUGGGGCCUCUACUUCGAAAAGGCCUCUGGACAAAGGGGAUUCCUCCAGGUCGAUUCUUGCAGGGCCUUCUUCUGGCAACGUUCCCCCAACGUUUCCAACGUCAAUGGGCGCCUCUCAUAAUGCUGUUCAAGCCUUUCCGGCUCCGGUUGCGGGGCCUUCUGCUGGAAACAUCCCCAUGCCACUUCCAAUGUCGAUGAACGCGCCUCAUGUCGCUAACGCGUAUCCCCCCUCGGCUCCUGCACCGUUUGCUUAUCUUCCCCCGCCCAUCGCACCGUUUGCUCACAAUGCCGGCCAUCAUAGGCCAAUCCCUCCUCCCCCGGCUGCGCCGUCUUCCGCGGGCCUCAAUCCCUUUAUCUACUACAGUCAAGGGCAGUCUAUCCCUCAACCCCAGCAACAGUCUCUGCAACAGCAACCGCACCAGACAGCCGCCAGUGUCCGUCAACAGCAUGCGCCUACGAUACCUCAAUUUGGAAGUGGUGUUGCUGGCCCAUCACAAAGGCAAACCCUCUCAACGCCGACUCCAGCGCCAGGCCCUUCACGCAUUCUUAAUGCCAAUCCCAUGGCGCGCCUUCUUGGUCUUCCGGCUCCACGGCAAGCACCGCCGUCGACUGUUCCUUCGCAGAGCAAGACUCUGAAACCGUCGCCAGCAGGGCUGAACCCGACUGUAAAGCGAGAGAUCAAGACAGAGCAGAACGAGGUGUCUUCUGUUGCUUCCAGCUCGAAGGUCACCUUAUCCCCAACCCAUCGGCUACCCCAAGCGUUCCCCUUCGAUCCCAAGAAGUUCGCUGAUUCCGAUGAUGAUGAGGAAGACUUCGACAUGGAAUACGACCCGGACAUGGUGGCUCAGAACGUUGCCAACGCUGCGAUGGAGAGGAUCGGCAUUCAUGUCGCCCCUACCCGCGACGCUCGAGACGAAGAUGGACUCUUCUAUGGUCGUGGAAGAGACCUGUAUGAAGGCCCUCGUGCCAAUCCCAACGAUAUCAAUAAAUUCCUACUUCUCGCUGGAAACGCGGAGCAAUUUGACGGCAACGCCAGUGUCGACGACGCUUUGAAGGAGCUCGGACUCAAGAAUCUCGACGAUUUGCUCCCGGGUAUGGCUGUCGCUUUGAUGCCCCAUCAAGCAAUUGGCGUUGCAUGGAUGCUGAAGAAGGAGAAGAGUCCUCUGAAAGGCGGGUGUAUGGCUGACGAUAUGGGACUGGGCAAGGCAAGUGAUUUGCUCACUCUCGGAAACAUGGCUCUAAUCGAUUCUUCAUUUCUAGACUGUGCAAAUGAUCACUUUGAUGAUGAUGAAUCGCUCUACUAA